ACAAACCUCCAUAGUUUCCCUUUAUAUUGGCCACCUCCAAACACUAUCAUCACCAUUGUCGGCCUCUUUCUUCUCUUCAACCUCCAUCAUUUUCUCUCUCCCUCUCGUGUUUCUUGCCAAAAACUUUCAAUACAACAACACACAACACUAAAUCUUCACUCUCUUCUCCUCUCUUUCUUGAACUCAUCAGUUCAAACGAAUAAAGAUGAGACAAUACCAGGAACUCAGCCUGCAAAGAAGCACUAGUUGCAGAAGCUCAAAAAAAAUCAUUCCUUCAAGCUACAUCAGGUCAACGUCCGUGUCGUCAAUACCUGAAAAUGAAGAAUUUUCAGGUAAGCUUCUCGUUAGAAGAGAUUCACCCAUCGCUUUACAAAAAUUAAACAAACUUCAUUCAAGGUUCACUUCUCUCAUUCGUUCACUUCUCAAUAUAUUUACUUUCCCCACUAUAAUUCUUCCCACGUGCAAGUGGUUAUCGAUACCGACCCAUCUCUCUAUAACUCCUUCUCUAGGCCGGAAAGUCACCGGAACCCUAUUUGGUAACCGUCGUGGCCAUGUUAGUUUUGCCGUUCAAGAUGAUCCCCGGUCUGAACCGGUUUUGUUGCUAGAACUUGCAAUGUCAACGUCGACUUUGGUCAAAGAAAUGGCCUCUGGUUUGGUUCGGAUAGCACUUGAGUGUGAGAAAGCUCCGGUUCAGAGCGGCCGUGGGCGGGCGGCGAAGCUGUUUCAUGAGCCCAUGUGGACUAUGUAUUGUAAUGGGAGGAAGUGUGGGUAUGCGCAGUCCCGGCCGUGCGGGGAGUCAGAUUGGCACUUGCUGAGUACUGUGCAAAGCGUUUCCAUUGGUGCAGGGGUUAUUCCAGUGGUGGAGGAUGCACGGAAAACCGGAGUUUCCGAGGGUGAGUUAUUAUACAUGAGGGCGAAGUUUGAGCGAGUUGUUGGUAGCCGCGAUUCAGAAGCAUUCUACAUGUUGAAUCCAGAUAACAAUGGAGGACCUGAACUCAGUAUUUUUCUGCUUAGAAUUUGAAGAAUUAUCUAUGAGGGUUAAUUACUGUUUUAGAUGUUUAAUUAGUUUUAAAUUAUUAGAUUAUUUGAAGAUGGGAGUUGGGAUGUAAGAGAUUUUGAUUGUUGUACUUGUUCGUAUAAAUAUGAAAUAGUUUGAAAUAAAAUGAAUGAAUGUAUGAGGAGGUGAUUAAUUUUGUAUGUAAAAA